AUGACUGGACAGCUUUUUUGCUUGACCUUCUUUCGUCUUUCUUCGAGAAAAGAAAAAAAAGAAAAACGUCUUUUCGUUCGAUCUCACCACAUCUCUGACAGAAGGAGAUUCAACACAUUCAACGAAGAAGAAAAGAACCUGACACAAAAAGUAUACACGAUGUUCUCCUCGAUGUUCUCCAACGCCACGAACAACUGCGAGUAUUUGAACAAGAGAAAAGAUGGAGAUGAAAACGACCCGAUGGAAACGAUUUCUCGCGAGUUCGAUCGCGAAGAUAUCGUGGCAAAGUUGGAGCGAGAAUGCGAGGCGUUGGAGGACAUGGAGAAAAAAUAUCAAGAAGAAUUGAAAGAGAAAAAACAGGAGGAAGAGGAGAAGAAAGCGACGUUGGAAAAGGAGAUGAAGAAAGCGAGAGAACGAGAGGAAGAGUUGAGACAUUUACAAGAAGAGAUGAACCACCAGGAAGGAGAAAUCUGUCGCUUGAGAGAAGAGUUGAAAAGAGAAACGUUCGAACACUUGAGAGAAAAAGAGGAGAAGAGGCGAAACAGGGUGAAGUUACUCGAGGAGUACGAAAAGCUGGCGAGUCAGAUGGAGGAGAUUAAGAAAUAUCCGGAAGAGAUUAAGAAAGAAGAAGAGAAAAUGAGACUGGUCGAGGCGAGGUUGAGGAAAAUGUGCGAAGGGAAAUUCGUCGACGUGAAGUUUGAAACGUUCGAAGAUUUCGGGAAGGAGAUGAACGCGCACUUCGAUCGCGUCAUCGCGAAAGAGAAAGACUUGGAGCGGAGAACGGUGUUGGCGGCGAACGAGCUUUUGACGAAGAAAAGCGGCGCUUUUGCGCACGACGUGGACGAUAGGAAGAGAAAAGAGCCAGAAGAACAAGAAGAAGAAGAAGAAGAAGAAAAAGGGGAAGAAAAAGAAGAAAUUGAACCAACCACGCCGCUUGACGACACGAAGGAUUGA